UGUGUGUGUGUGUGUGUGUGUGUGUGUGAGUGUGAGUGUGUGUGUGGGUGUGUGUGUGUGAUCAAAGAGAGGAACAGUGUUUGGUGAUCGCUAUAUAAACCGCGCCGCGUCUUUUCUGGGUCACUUUGCGCACUCGAGCCAUCGCAAGCGGAGCCACUUCAAGCCGAUUAUACUGUGACAAUGGCUCACGAAUGGGGAUACGGAGCGAAUAACGGACCAGACACAUGGCAUGAGAAGUUUCCGAUAGCUAACGGACCCCGCCAGUCUCCUAUUGACAUUGUGACUAGUGAGGUUCAGCAUGACCCUGAGCUCAAGCCGCUCACACUGCGUUAUGAUCCAUCAGUCUCACUGGACAUCAUCAACAAUGGCCACUCCGUGCAGGUCACUUUCGCAGAUGAUGAGGACAAAUCAACUCUGAAAGGGGGGCCCAUAACCGGAACCUACAGACUUAAACAGUUCCAUUUUCACUGGGGAUCUAGUGAUGAUAAAGGCUCAGAGCAUACAGUUAAUGGAAAAUUGUACCCUGCUGAGCUUCAUCUAGUUCACUGGAACACUACAUAUUCCAACUUUGGGAUAGCUGCUAGCAAGCCUGAUGGCCUUGCUGUGGUUGGAGUCUUCUUGGAGAUUGGUAAUGAAAACCCUCAACUCCAGAAGCUUCUUGAUGCAAUGGAGACCAUUAAAGCAAAGGGAGCACAGACUUCAUUUGAAAACUUUGACCCCACUUUGCUGCUGCCUGGCACACUGGACUAUUGGACAUAUGAUGGCUCUUUGACCACACCUCCACUGCUCGAAAGUGUUACAUGGAUUGUAUGCAAGAAGUCAAUCAGUGUUAGCUCUGCACAGAUGAAGAAAUUCCGUGGGCUGCUCUUCUCCUUGGAGGGGGAACCGAAGUGCAAUAUGGUGGAUAACUAUCGCCCACCACAGCCCCUGAAAGAUCGGAAAGUCCGCACAUCUUCGUAAUGAUCUUGCUCCUCUUAACCCUGCCCCUGUUUUUCUAUUGGAAUGUUUCCCUGUCAUCUUGCAAGAGCACUAUUGAGUCUUUGCUUUUUUGCGCUACACUUUUCACAUAUAGUCAGAAGAAGAUUAAUUUAUACUUCUGUACGUUGUCGGUAUGGUGCCUGGCCCAUCACAAUCAAGAUUCACCAAAACAUACAUACAAGCAAACCAAAAGUCCACCUCCAUUCUGAAGGAAUAUAUUAGACAAGACCAUUUUUAAAUGAAGUUGGCUAUCAGUCAUAAAUACUAUUUCAACCUGCUUCAAGAUUCAUGCAGCUCAGCAAAACCCACCACAACAUCCCUAAAAACAUUCUUUUUCACAGAUAUAACAUACUAUGCAAGGCUUUAGAUAAUGAAUUGUUCUAAGGAAAUGACCGUUCCAGGUUCAUCUUGGUCAAUAAAGAUGAAUCCUAAUUUCUGUUUCUACUACAACUAAUGGAGCAGAAAAAAGGAGAUAAAAUAUAUUCAGAGUACUGUAUGUGUGUAAUGGCAUCAUACCUACACUGACACACACACACAUUUAACAGCUCCCUCAGAGGAGCAGUGUGCUGGUUAAUGCUUGAGUAUCCUUUCGAAUGUGAUGUCUGGAACAGCUUAGAACUGUGAGCUGUUCUGUAAGAGUGCACAUAUGGUGUAUGUUGAUAUCUAAUGAACACAUAGUUGCUGCUGAAUUGUCCUUAAAACAAGGGCUUAUGCAAUAUAUACACACUAUUUUCCUACAGAUCAGUCAGCUCACUAAAACAUGCUAAUUCAGCAAAAUCUUAGGUUUUUCAGGUUUCCUUCCUUUUCUCACUUUGACAUGAAAUCACGGGACCAGAGAAUUUGUGGUGAUUAGUUAAACUGAAAGUGUCAGAUGUGUUGAUUGUAUUAGAUUUGAAAUAUAUGUGAUAUACUGCUAUUUAAGAUAUUUUAGGACUACAUUAUGCUAAUGCUAAAUUAGAGUUUAAUAAGAGUUUAAUUAAAUACAUUAUGCAUAACAUAAUUAUCUGUUUUAAUGUCAACCUUUGUGCAAUAAAUAAGACAGCUAAUAAAAAAACCAAAUAACUUGUCAUAUUAAACUGUUUGAUUUAUAUUUAUAGUAAUUGAAUAUUUAAAUAAAAUGCUUAGCAGGUCAUGCUUAAACUCA